AUGGCCUGGAUGAAUCUGCUAGAAAAGUCAAGGGUAACAUUCCAGCUGUCUGCCGAGAGGAGUUAUCACAUCUUCUACCAGCUCAUGACUGGACACAAGCCAGAGCUGCUCGAGGCCCUGCUCAUCACCACCAACCCUUACGACUACCCAAUGAUCAGCCAGGGUGAAAUCACUGUCAAGAGUAUCGAUGAUGUGGAGGAGUUCAUUGCCACAGAUACAGCCAUUGACAUUCUGGGCUUCACUGCUGAUGAGAAAAUCAGCAUCUACAAGCUGACUGGUGCUGUGAUGCAUCAUGGGGCCAUGAAGUUCAAACAGAAGCAGAGAGAGGAGCAGGCCGAACCUGAUGGAAAUGAGGCGGCUGAUAAAAUCUCCUACCUCAUGGGCAUCAACUCCACUCCAGGUCUGAUGGAGAACUUCCUGGUUAUCCACCAGCUCAGGUGUAAUGGUGUGCUGGAGGGUAUCAGAAUCUGCAGGAAGGGUUUCCCCAGCAGAAUCCACUACGGUGACUUCAAGCAGAGAUACAAAGUAUUAAACGCUAGUGUCAUCCCUGAGGGACAGUUCAUUGACAACAAAAAGGCUACAGAGAAACUCUUGGGCUCUAUUGAUGUUGACCACACCCAAUACAAAUUUGGACACACCAAGGUGAGCUACUCAGCAAAUACACCAUGUGGACAAAAUUAUUUCAACACUUUCCUUCUCAUUUUUGACUCUGCUACAACACAAUGUGACCUUCAGGCAGAGGAAGACAAAGUCAACACUCUGACUAAAUCGAAGACCAAGCUUGAGCAGCAAGUGGACGAUCUUGAGGGCUCACUGGAGCAAGAGAAGAAGCUCCGUAUGGACCUUGAGAGAGUUAAGAGGAAGCUUGAGGGUGAUCUGAAAUUGGCCCAGGAGUCCAUAAUGGACCUGGAGAAUGAAAAACAGCAAUCAGAUGAGAAGAUCAAAAAGAAGGACUUUGAGAUAAGUCAACUUCUCAGCAAGAUUGAGGAUGAACAGUCUUUGGGAGCACAGCUUCAGAAGAAGAUAAAAGAACUUCAGGCCCGUAUCGAGGAGCUGGAAGAGGAAAUUGAGGCAGAGCGAGCUGCUCGUGCUAAAGUGGAGAAGCAGAGAGCUGAUCUCUCCAGGGAACUUGAAGAGAUCAGUGAGAGGCUUGAGGAAGCUGGUGGUGCCACUGCUGCUCAGAUUGAGAUGAACAAGAAGCGUGAAGCCGAAUUCCAGAAGAUGCGUCGUGAUCUGGAAGAGUCUACCUUGCAGCAUGAAGCUACAGCUGCAGCUCUCCGAAAGAAGCAGGCAGACAGUGUGGCUGAACUCGGAGAACAGAUCGACAACCUCCAGCGGGUCAAGCAGAAGCUGGAGAAGGAGAAGAGUGAAUACAAGAUGGAGAUUGAUGACUUGUCAAGCAACAUGGAGGCUGUGGCUAAAGCAAAGGGUAAUUUAGAGAAGAUGUGCCGUACUCUUGAAGACCAGCUGAGUGAAAUCAAGGCCAAAAGUGAUGAAAAUAGUCGCCAGUUGAAUGACAUGAAUGCACAACGAGCAAGACUUCAGACUGAAAAUGGUAAGAGUAAGCUACACAUUCAAGGUAGAGCCAAGAAUGCUCUGGCCCAUGCAGUUCAGUCUGCCCGCCAUGACUGUGAUUUGCUCAGAGAGCAGUAUGAGGAGGAGCAGGAGGCCAAAGCUGAACUCCAGCGUGGAAUGUCUAAGGCCAACAGUGAAGUGGCCCAGUGGAGAGCCAAAUAUGAGACUGAUGCCAUCCAACGCACUGAAGAGCUUGAGGAAGCCAAGAAAAAGCUGGCACAGCGUCUGCAGGAUGCUGAAGAAUCCAUUGAGGCAGUGAACUCCAAGUGUGCCUCACUGGAAAAGACCAAACAGAGACUGCAGGGGGAAGUAGAGGACCUCAUGGUUGAUGGGGAGAGGGCAAAUGCAUUGGCUGCCAACCUUGACAAGAAGCAAAGAAACUUUGAUAAGGUCCUAGCAGAGUGGAAGCAGAAGUAUGAGGAAAGCCAGGCUGAACUAGAAGGUGCUCAGAAAGAAGCUCGUUCUCUCAGCACUGAGCUUUUCAAAAUGAAGAACUCCUAUGAAGAAGCUCUUGACCACCUCGAGACCCUGAAGAGGGAGAACAAGAAUCUGCAACAAAGAACAUUGCCACAGGAUGCCCAACUGCACCUUGAUGAAGCUGUCAGGGGACAGGAGGACAUGAAGGAGCAGGUGGCCAUGGUGGAGCGCAGGAAUAGCCUAAUGCAAGCAGAGAUUGAGGAGCUGAGAGCUGGCCUGGAGCAAACAGAGAGAGGCCGAAAAGUGGCAGAGCAGGAGCUGGUUGAUGCCAGCGAGCGUGUGGGACUGCUGCACUCACAAAAUACGAGUCUUAUUAACACCAAGAAGAAGCUUGAGGCUGAUCUGCUUCAGGUUCAAGGUGAGGUGGAUGAUACAGUCCAGGAGGCCAGAAAUGCAGAGGACAAGGCCAAGAAGGCCAUCACUGAUGCUGCCAUGAUGGCUGAGGAGCUGAAGAAGGAGCAGGACACCAGUGCUCAUCUGGAGAGGAUGAAGAAGAACAUGGAGGUGACUGUCAAAGACCUGCAGCACCGUCUGGAUGAGGCUGAGAGUCUGGCCAUGAAGGGUGGAAAGAAACAGCUCCAGAAACUGGAGUCCAGGGUGCAUGAGUUGGAGGCUGAAGUUGAAGCUGAACAGAGACGUGGUGCAGACGCUGUGAAAGGAGUGCGCAAAUAUGAAAGGAGAGUGAAGGAGCUCACCUACCAGACUGAGGAAGACAAGAAGAACGUGACUCGACUGCAGGAUCUGGUAGACAAGCUGCAGCUGAAAGUGAAGGCCUACAAACGCCAAGCUGAAGAAGCUGAGGAGCAGGCCAACACUCACCUGUCCAGGUACAGGAAGGUGCAGCAUGAGCUGGAGGAGUCUCAUGAGCGCGCUGACAUCGCCGAGUCCCAGGUCAACAAGCUGAGAGCCAAGAGCCGUGAAGCUGGGAAGACUAAAGAUGAAGAAUGAAGACAAUAAACUACACCUACAAGCAAGCAUA